UUUUUUUGUUUUGCUUUCGUAAUGUUGCUCUUGAGGUACAGUAAGCGCACGAAAGUGCAACUGGGUGGCAAAUGUAUUUGUGGCUGUGUGUCGUCGGUGUUCUGUCAUUGAACCUGGUGUUGCACGAGUGGUAGUUUAUUGAACAAUUGCUACGUGUGAUACCCAGUGUGCCCUUCCCUCGAAAUAAUAUUUUUCCAUCGAUUUUCAUCGAUAUGGCUUGGUUGUCUGGUCUUGCUGACAAGGCGGAGAACUUACUGAACAAAAUCGACAAGAACACCGCGGCUGUCUUGAAUAAAGACAGAUACGAGAUGCCACAUAAUCACCUGUCAGAAGUUACAUGGCUUUCUCCAGAAUCUGGAUUAGCUAGAAAUAUGUCUGCAACUCCUUUAUUGGAGUCAUCGCAACAGUUAUCCUACAUUGCUCCUACUCCAAAUUUAACGUCAGUAAAUCUGCUAAAUGUGUCUGCAUCCUCUAAAGAAGACGCGCUAUUUACGUAUUUAAACACUCCAAGUCCAAGUCCAAGGAGGAUGGUAGAAACUGUCAAAUCACCAUCCACCACUUCCUCAUUAUUAGUGGAGCACCCUACCGACGAUACCGAUUCGGAGUUAUCACUUCAGAGCGAUCGGAUUAGCCCAACUCAUGUUUCGAUAGAUAUGAUGUCGAAGACGUUGGAUAAUAAAGAUACUGAAAUUGAUGCAGAAGAUGCGAAUUCAUGCAUGCCCGACGAGGUGGAAAUUUUAGAUGACAAAGAUAUGAAUGAAUCAGUAACAGAAACUGUACAGAGUGAACACAAUGAUGCGGAACAUUCAACUAGUUCUCAUUCCCAAGCAAAGUAUAAAAUAAAACCGAACGAUUUAGAAAUGGAUAGUGCAAACAACUUCGACAGUUCGGUAGAAAAUAAAUCAGCACAAAAGUAUGUGAGAGAGAUGGAGAGAAAUUUGGAGAAGCAAAGUGAGUUACUCGGCAAGCAAGAGACGGAUCAUCAGAAGGAAAUUGUAGUCCUGAGCGAGAGGAUAAAAGCAUUGGAGGCGGAGAAGUCGGAGCAGUCUAAGCAGAUAACGAGCUUGCAAUUUGUCAUUGACAGAAAUAGGCAAGAAUUGAGCUCCGUUAGAUCGGAAUUAGAGCUGCACAAAGCUAGAGCAUUAAAGACUUUGCAAGAGAAGGAAAAACUUAUAGCAGAGCUGAAAAGUAAUGCACCGACGGCUAUGGACGAGGCCACGAUUAUGGAAUUGAAUCAACUAAAACAGGAACGCGACAGCAUUGGAGAGGAAAAUCAGCAGGUGUCUCAACAGCUGAGACUACUGCGCGAAGAAAUGGUGAAUGCGGAUCUAAACUUGGAAAAGAUAAGGCAAAAGUCGGCUGAAGCUAAUCUACAAAAUCAAGAGAUUCUCACUGGCGAAAGGCGUCGAAGAUUGGAAGCAGAAGAAGAUGUGAGAUUGCGUUCCGAGGAAAUAAGAUCUUUAAAGGAUGAACUGAUCAGUCAACGUAACGGAUACAGCUUACAAGUGCAAAAGAAGAAUUCCGAAAUCUCCAAGCUUAAAUUGCAGUUGGCCGCGUCAGCGACGCCGAGUAACGAGAUUGAUUCGAGGAUAACGUCUCUUACGCAAACCCUAGUACUAAAGCAGCAAGCACUCGAAUGUCUGACGACCGACAGAAACGCAUUGCGACUCCAGCUUGAAAAAGUUGAGCACGAAUAUAGAAAUACAGCGGGCGCUUUACGCAGAAACGUCUCGUACAACAAUAUGAACGAUACGGACGAUGCGAAGGCUCAAGUCCCGACAUUUUUUAUGGAAACGCCGUUUGACACAAGCGUUACCAGAAGGGUAAAACGAGCUUAUUCCUCGUUGGAUGCCAUAAGCAUUCGGACGGGAGUAUUUUUAAGGAGGUAUCCAUUAGCUAGAAUUUUGGUAGUAAUUUAUAUGGCGUUGCUCCAAUUAUGGGUUUUAAUAGUAUUGCUGUCUCAGUCACCGGAAGCGCAUUAAUAAUAAUUAGAAUAGCACUGUAUUUUAAUAAAAAGGAAUAAAAGGUUUACACACACACACACACAAAAUAUUUAUAGAAAACACUCCGCUCGCUGUAAAUAUCAGAGAGUAUAUUUGUAAGAUAGAAAUCAGAUUUUGUACAGUUUAUACGCUCUCUAUAAAAUUAUUGUUAAUUAUUGAAAUUAAAUUUUAAAUACAUGUAAAAUAUAUAUAUAUAAUUAUGAUAAAUCGGUAAAACCUUGUACAAUAUUGUAAUUGUUAAAUUGUUUUUAUUUUUUUACUGAUUUUUGGAAAGCUACGAUGUUACGGGAUUAUGUAAAAGGCACUAUAUAUGAAAUAAUGUAACAAAGCAGUAAGUAAAUAAAUAAAUAACUGGGG